AUGAAGCGGGCCCUGGCUCUGAUCUGCCUGGCCUUCCUGUCGGUGCUGCGGGCCGGGGGCGCACAGCAGACGGUGGACGACACCUGCUCCGUGCAGAUUCUCGUCCCCGGCCUCAAAGGGGACGCUGGAGAGAAGGGAGACAAAGGCGCACCAGGACGGCCUGGAAGAGUCGGCCCCGCGGGAGAGAAAGGAGACGUGGGUGACAAAGGACAGAAAGGCGGCGUGGGGCGCCAUGGAAAAAUCGGUCCCAUUGGUUCUAAAGGUGAAAAAGGAGAUUCUGGUGACAUAGGACCCCCUGGCCCUAAUGGAGAACCAGGCAUCCCGUGUGAGUGCGGCCAGCUGAGGAAGGCCGUCGGGGAGACAGACAACCAGGUCGCGCAGAUCACAGCGGAGCUGAAGUUCAUCAAACACGCCGUCGCCGGCGUGCGUGAGACGGAGCAGAAGCUCUACCUGCUGGUGAAGGAGGAGAAGCAGUACGUGGACGCUCAGCUGGCCUGCCAGGGCCGGGGCGGCGCGCUGGGCAUGCCCAAGGACGCGGCCGCCAACGGGCUGCUGGCCGCCUACAUCGCGCAGGCCGGCCUGGCCCGCGUCUUCAUCGGCAUCAACGACCUGGAGCGGGAGGGCACCUUCGUCUACGCGGACCGCUCGCCCAUGCAGACCUUCAGCCAGUGGCGCAGCGGGGAGCCCAACAACGCCUACGACGAGGAGGACUGCGUGGAGCUGGUGGCCUCCGGGGGCUGGAACGACGUGGCCUGCCACCUCACCAUGCACUUCCUCUGCGAGUUUGACAAGGAGCACGUGUAG